UGGCUUAGAAGAAAGGCAAUGGAUUGAGUUUGUGGUUUGUUUUACUUGCACUAUUUGUAAACCCCAAAACCCUAAAAGCCACCUUUCCUCAAUCCCAGAGAGAUAUUUACGCUUUCUUCAAUCCCUGGGAGAUCAUUUGAGAGUCCCCUUUUUCAGAAUAAGGAAUCCCAAAAUACCCAAAAGAAUUGAGAAGCCUGAGGGACCUCGUCAUGAGUUGGACUGAAGACCUAUGAUGGUCAAGAAUUCAAUAUCCUGGGCGCGUCUCUGUUGGCGUAAUCUGUUAGGGUCUGCCAAAUUCCAUCUUGCCCAUCUAACACCUUAGUAGGAAGGAAAAAGGUAACAGGAAGUCUGGGGGAAGGCUGUGGGUGGUGAACAAAGUAGUGCAACGAGCAACUUGGCUCCCGUAGGUUCGUCUUGGGCAGAGGUUUGAAUCUUGUGAAAGCUUUGCUGACGAUACUGGAGGAAUUGACUACAGCCUUUAAUCAUGUCAACGGUUGAGAAGAAAUUGGAGGAUCUAUUUCAAGAGGGAUUAUCCUUGUUCAACACGGACCCAAAGCCCAGCAGAGGAAUUGCAUGGGUUGACAACAUGUACCAGAAGCUCGAGGUUAUGUGUAAAGGGGUUGAUGAAAACAAGUUUCUGCAGGAGACAAGCAAAUUUGUUGAGAACCAGGUGCAGUCAGUUGGCGUAAAUGUUAGGAAAUUUUGUGCUGAAUUCGUGCACGAACUUCUCACAUCACCCUCAGACUGCCAAGUUAAAAUAGGGCCCCUGACUGAUUUGUCUUUGACCUAUGGUGAAGUUAUUGAGAAUCAUGGAAAAAUGAAGGAAGGUCUGGAGAAGUUCUGUCCCUUGGAUGACGAGCUACCUGAACCUAAAGAACUGCAGGAUGGUUCUGAUUUUGGGGAAGAUCUCCAGGAUGAUUCUUCACUUGAUGGAAAUCAAGUUAAUUUUAGUUCUGGGGGAGCAUGUGAUGAAGCACAGAAUGAUGCUCCAUCACAACCACAAGUACGAUGUGGACACAAUUCUGAAGGAGGUAAUGAUCCUGACCAACCGUUGGAUGCAUCUCAGUGCUCCAACCUUGUCCAAGAUUGUCCUCUAUUGCGUUCAUCAACUCCUUUAGACAGGUUGUUUGAGAAAGAUACUUCACAGGGGAAUGCAUCAAAUGCUGUUGUUGCUUCUUCAUCCUCAAAAGCUGGCACAUCGACAUCUCCAAGCGUGGAACAUAUGGUGGAUGUUGCUUCUGAUAAUACUAAGCGGCAGCAACAGUCUGUCCUGCCACAAGAUUUUCAACUCUCUGCAGAUUCUGAAUUUACUGUAAUCCCGGCGAGUAUCGACGGUGAUGAAGCCACUGAGUGCAAUCAGAAGACUGGGGUCAGGAAGUUCUUGAGUUUUAGAGCUUCAGAAAAUGGAAAAAGGCUUGCACAAAGGAGUGCCAAAGUUGUCCAUACUGCUUCAGUGUCCACAGAUAAAACUUGCUUGCACAAGUCAGCUGAGGAUGAUGAUUAUGAGCAGGUAGCAUACUGGUAUGUGAACAUUGAUUCAGAGUCGAAGCAUAGUAAGGGCAUUUCACCCAUCAACUUAGUCGAUGACAACCACAUGAGGAGAUCUGUGAGUGUUGACAACUGUGAAUCUGAUUGGGAGUUUCUCUGAAUAUCAAGGAGCUGAUGCUGUAAAUAAAAGGUGUCAGUCCUGCUGCAUGGGGCAUUUUGGGUUGUUAAAAACACACGUGCAAUGAUGUUAGCAUUGCUUCUUGUUUAUGGAUACGUCUAUAUGGGCAAUAAAGGGUUUGAUGAAAUUAAGAAAAAAUGAAAAAAUGUUGGUUGCUCUAUAACAAAGCAAUAUAUAUAAGUUACCCGUCUAGUGUAAAUUUCUGUUUAUGUAACAGGCUUUAGUUUCGUAGAAAUGCCUUACAUAUGUGCUUUGACAUUUUACCUCAGGUCAAAUUCACAAGUUGUUUGUCUAA